AUCUUUGAAGAGGUCAAUACCUCGCGAAAAGAUAAUGGUCUAAAUAAUAAAGAACAAAGUUAUUUUUGUGCUAAAAUUUUGAUAAUUGCAAUCAUGAAGUUCGAUGCAAGAUCUUUUGUUGUUUUUAGUAUAUCAGCCGUCAUGUUUCUUGGUUUAACAAGUGCCGAUAAACCAUGUGCAGCAAGAGCAAUCAAGGGUCGAUCACCGGUUUGUGUAUGCAACGAUACCUACUGUGAUGAAAUCAUCAGGGAGAAACCAGUCUCGGGGAGCUAUGUAGCAUAUACGUCUUCAGAGGGAGGAUUACGAUUUCAUAAAAGAACAGCAAAAUUAGAAGAAAUUUUAUCAAACGGGUGCUGCCAUACCAAUUUUGUAGUAGACCCUGACACCAAAUACCAAACAAUCGAAGGCUUCGGUGGAGCUGUUACCGACGCAGCUGGAAUAAACUGGAAGAAUCUCUCUACCACUUUGCAAGAUUAUCUCAUCAAUUCCUACUACGGUGACACAGGAAUCCAAUAUAACAUGCUCCGAACUCCAAUCGGAGGUUGUGACUUCUCCACUCAUGCCUAUGCUUACAAUGAGCUGCCCGAAAAUGAUACGAAAUUGGCCAACUUCUCGCUUGCACCUGAGGAUUUUGAUUACAAGAUACCUAUGAUCAAAAAAAUUAUGGCAACUUCAAGUACUCCGGUAGAAAUAGUUGCUACCACCUGGUCUCCUCCUAAAUGGAUGAAAACCAACAAUGCAUGGAUUGGAUUUAGCAGCUUAAAGACUGAAUACUAUCAGACAUACGCUGACUAUCAUAUGAAGUUUCUGCAGGAAUACGAAGCUCAAGGAGUGAAAGUCUGGGCGAUAACGACAACAAACGAACCAAUUAAUGGAGUAGUUCCAUUAGCUCGAUUCAAUUCCCUUGGUUGGAGUCCUAAUCAUAUGGGUGAUUGGAUAUCAAACAACUUGGGACCGACAAUACGUAAUUCUACAUUUAAAAACGUGAAAAUUCUAGGACUCGACGAUCAGCGAUACACUAUCCCAAUUUGGUUCGAUGUGAUGGUGAAUCGACACCCUAAAGCUCUGGAAUAUUUAGAUGGUGUAGCGGUGCAUUACUACGGCGACAUAAUCACUCCGCCGUGGCUGCUGUCUCAAAUCCCGGAGAAGUAUCCUGGAAAAUUUGUACUUGCUUCGGAAGCUUGCGAAGGCAGUUACCCGUGGGAUACAGAGAAAGUAGCGUUGGGUUUAUGGAAUCGUGCGAAUAAUUACAUUUCGGAUAUAAUCACGGACUUAAAUUAUGACGUAGUAGGCUGGCUUGACUGGAAUCUCUGUCUUGACAAAAGAGGCGGUCCUAACUGGGCGAGCAACUUUGUUGACUCCCCUAUCAUUGUUUUCCCUGAAAACAGAGAAUUCAUCAAACAACCAAUGUUUUACGCCUUGGGACAUUUCUCUAAAUUCGUCCCUCGAGGUUCCGUGAGAAUCAAAGUCACUGAGAACAAACCUAUUUUAAGGCAUACCAUUGAAAACGUGGCAUUCGUCACUCCGGAUGAUACUUAUGUUGUUAUUCUUCAUAACAGUCGCAGCAAGAUACGUCAUGUGGCAGUGCGUGUGGGCAAAGAACAAGCCAACUUAGACCUCCCAGCUCGCUCUAUCACUACUAUAGAAUUUCCAAAGUACUGAUUGAAAUAAAGUUGCGAA